ACCUCGAUGAUUCGGUCCCCUCACAUGCAAAGACAACUGGGACACAGACCCCUAGGAGUCCCAUGCAAGUCCAACAACAGUACAGAUACAGACUUUUAAGAUCAACCGUGUUAGAGAUUUUUCUUUCCAAGGCCUAGCUGAAAGUGAGCAACGUCCUUUCUUCAGUUCUUGUGGGUGGUUAAUUAGGCCUGGUUUGGUUCGAGGUUCAGAUUUGACUAAGCUAUUGCCGAAGAAUUCUGUAGAUAGAGCUGGAAAUAGAGUCUGCGUUGUGAAAUGGGCUCUCCAGAAGGAAGUAUCAGGACAUGUUGCCGUGCGCGAGGAUUUUGGGCCGACUGUGGAUGGAAUUCAACACUGGAGCGUGUGUGUGAAGGAAUUCUAAUGCCAUGCAGGCCAUUUUUUGGAGACCAACGUUUGAAUAUUAAGUAUGUUUGUCGUCUAUGGAAGGUAGACCUUGAAUUAGACAACGAAUUUGAGAGAGGAAAAAUACACGAAGCUGUAAGAAAAUUAAUGGGGGAUAAAGACGGGGAGAAGGUGAGACAAAGAGCAGUAAAAUUUAAGGAGAAGGCGAAGAUUGUUUGGUGGAGGACGGCUCUUCCUUCUUCUCAUCAACAAUUUAAUGGAACAUAUCUUAUCAUGCUGACAACUAGAAGAUGGGAUCACUCUUCGCAAAUGCCAAAAGCUAUUCCAUUGGCAAUAAUAAGACUAUCCAUAUUCAGAUGGUUGUACAGCAAAGCUUAGGGUAAUGUGUCCCUUUCGAGUUUUGGACACUUUGCUCUGUGAUUGUGUAAGUUUUGGUGGUCCACCUCACAGAGACUCUGCGUGUUGAAAUGGAGUAUUUAAUUUGCCGUAAUAAUAUAAUUAUGGGUUUAGUGGGCGUUUAUGCUUUGGUUAAUUAUGGGAGCUAUAGUUGCCGGCCCUGUCAAAAAGAGAAGUUAUUUUCCCGUCAGGCAACCACAUUUUGCAGGCAGAAUGCUCACGGGCUGGCCCCUAGUUUUACUCACAAACAAUUUUCAACUCAAUGUCAGAGUGAGUCAGAUUCCACCAUCUUGAUGCGGUGCCCCCACCCUAUCGAGCAAGUGUAGACUUUGCCAAAACUUUUGCUUAUGUUUUUUCAGCCUGUUUUUCAACUAAAAACCAAUGCAGCAGGUUACAGCGCGUUCGAUGAUUAUUUUAAUAUAUUAAUAUAAAAAAAAUAAAAAAAAUAUACAGAAUAAACUAUUUAUUCCUUCUCUCUUUUGCCAGAGAUUUUUAGCUGUCUUGUUAAAGGUUUUAGUUCUUGAGUCUUGAUUUUGAGUCCCUUUUACCUCCUCUGUAUUGACUUCACUUCAGUUCAAUUGUCUCUACGUCACCACUGCAACAAAAAGCUUUGAUGAGAGCAAAAGUCAAACCAAUCUUUGUCAUCCAAAUUUUCGACCAUCAUUGAAGAGAGAGAAAGAGAACACCAAUCUUUAUUUGGAAUGAUCAAAUCUGUCCAAUUCCAUAAAUUGGAUCGUCUCUAAACCACUGUCCUCACGUUGCCAUGAUAAUGACGCCUUAAAUCUAACCAGUGCGGAGGUUAAUAGUUGUGAGCACCCAUUCCCAGUAAUUUCAACAUAAAGCUUGCACAGAGGAACCUUUCUAUUGAUUUCAACAUGGCUGAGGAAGGGCAUGAACAGCGUCGUAGAUUGGUGUUAGUAGCAGCUCCAUUCCAAGGCCAUAUCAAUCCAUUGCUUCAGCUGAGUGCUGUCCUUCAUUCUAAAGGAUUUUCCAUCACCAUUGUUCACACCCAAUUCAAUUCUCCUGACCCUUCAAACUAUCCUGAUUUCAACUUCCUGUUCAUUCAGGAUGGCUUAUCUGACCAUGACAUUGCUUCUCUUGACCUAACUGCCAUUGUUUUGGUUCUCAACGACAAAUGCCAAUUACCUUUCCAAGAAUGCCUGGCCAAGCUAGUGAAGGAACAGGAGACACGUGAUGAUCAAAUUGCCUGUGUUAUUUAUGAUGAACUUUCAUACUUUUCUGAAGCCACGGCUCAUAAUCUGAAGCUUCCAAGCAUUAUAUUUCGCACUAGCAAUGCCAACACUUUUCUCGCUCGCAGUGUUCUUAUCGAAAUGUAUAUGCUGGGUCGCAUCCCCUUGGCAGAUCCUUUGUCCCAGAAAGCAGUGCUGGAGCAUCCUCCCCUCAGACAGCGAGAUUUGCCCAUCUCCAGUUUUGGACCAAUGAAAAAUUUCUUUAAAUUAAUAGGUAAUGCACGAGAUGUAAGAAGGUCUUCAGCAAUCGUUUACAAUACAAUGGACUGCCUUGAAGGGUCAUCGUUAGCAAAGCUUCAACAACACUGCCAUGUUCCAAUCUUUGCAAUAGGACCGAUUCACAAGAUUGUUCCUGCACCAUCCUGUAGCUUACUAGAAGAGGACACUAACUGCAUGUCAUGGCUUGACAGGCAAGCUCCGAGCUCGGUCAUCUAUGUAAGUCUAGGAAGUUUAGCUUCCAUGAAUGAGAAAGACAUACUAGAAAUGGCCUGGGGUUUGGCAAAUAGCAAACAACCCUUCUUGUGGGUGGUUCGACCUGGCUCAGUACAUGGUUCAGAACGGGCUGAGUCAUUGCCUGAGGGAUUCAGAGAAAUUGCUGGAGAGAAAGGUCGAGUUGUGAAAUGGGCACCGCAAAAAGAAGUUUUGGCACAUAAUGCAGUAGGAGGGUUUUGGAGCCACUGUGGCUGGAACUCAUUGCUUGAAAGUAUAUCUGAAGGGGUUCCGAUGAUAUGCAGACCAAGCUUUGGGGAUCAGAAGGUUACAGCUAGGUAUGUAAGUCAAGUAUGGAGAGUAGGUCUGCAUUUGGAGGAUGAAUUGGAGAGGGGAGAAAUAGAGAGUGUUAUUACAAGGCUGAUGGUUGAUAAAGAGGGGGACGAGAUGAGGCAGAGGGCAAUGGACUUGAAGGAGAAAGCAGAACUUUGCAUUAGAACUGGUGGUUCAUCCUAUAAUUCCUUGAACAAGUUGGUGGAAUUAAUCAAAUCGUUUUAACUGUACAAACGAUUUGUUUAUCUAAUUAAUCUCACAGCUAAUAGCCUAAUAAUAACCAACCUAGCCAUAAUUUCUUGACUAAUGAAAAGUUGUAGGAACAACUGAUAGCAGUUUAUGAGA